AUGGCAGUUAAGAUUGGCAUCAAUGGCUUUGGCCGCAUCGGCCGAAUGGUUUUUCGUGCAGCGCAGCACCGCAAGGAUAUCGAGGUUGUCGGCAUAAACGACCUCCUGGACGCUGAGUACAUGGCGUACAUGCUGAAAUACGACUCCACGCAUGGUCGCUACAGCGGCAAGGUUGAGGUACAGAACGGUGCACUUGUUGUCGAUGGCAAGAAGAUCCGCGUCACGAGUGAGCGCGAUCCCGCCCAACUCAAGUGGAAUGAAAUUGGCGUGGAGAUUGUUGUUGAGUCGACAGGCCUCUUCCUCACCGACGAGACUGCCCGAAAGCAUAUUGAGGCCGGGGCGAAGAAGGUUGUAAUGACAGGCCCGCCAAAGGACAAUACCCCCAUGUUUGUCAUGGGCGUGAACAACACGACGUACAAGGGUCAGGAAAUCAUCUCCAACGCCUCUUGUACCACCAACUGCCUUGCACCGCUCGCGAAGGUUGUUCAUGAGAAGUUCGGCAUCGUUGAAGGUCUCAUGACGACAGUGCACGCCGUCACAGCCACGCAAAAAACAGUCGAUGCACCGUCGCAUAAGGACUGGCGCGGUGGGCGAGGAGCGGCGCAGAACAUUAUUCCUUCCUCCACAGGGGCAGCCAAGGCGGUCGGCAAGGUUAUUCCUGCACUUAACGGAAAACUGACGGGUAUGGCAUUCCGUGUGCCGACCCCCAAUGUGUCGGUUGUUGAUCUCACCGUGCGCCUGGAAAAACCAGCGACAUACGCGCAGGUCUGCGCUGCCGUCAAGGCGGCUGCCGAGGGUGAACUUAAGGGAAUUCUUGGCUACACGGAGGACGAAGUUGUCUCCAGCGACAUAAACGGCGUUCCACUGACCUCCGUCUUUGAUGUCAAGGCCGGAAUUUCACUCAAUGAUCACUUUGUAAAGCUUGUGUCUUGGUACGACAACGAGACAGGGUACUCCCACAAGGUGCUGGACCUUGUGGCGUACGUUGUGGCGCGCUAG